AUGGCGUUUCUAAUCCUGACUACCGUCUUACUGGCAGUUGUCACAUUUGUUAGCUAUUUGAUUGCCUCUAGACGAGAAUAUUUCAAACUUCACAAAAAAAUCGGUCUCAAAGGACCGGACACCCAUUGGUUUUUGGGUAAUUUGGCAGAAAUCAUCGAGUAGGAAACUUGAAACAAGAGUCUAUGAGUUUUUUUUUGAAUUUUUAAGGCGACAGAAGACAAUGGGAUACGAUGAUUCUUAUGAAUGGUUCGGAACACUUCACAAGAAGUUUGGUGAAACGUUUGGGUAAGUUGUCCUUUACUGGAAUUUUCAUUGAUUAAUGGUCAUGCUCAAGUUUACAGAAUGUAUUUCGGAAAGCAGAUCAACAUUGUCGUGUCGAACGAGGAAGAUGUGAAGGAGAUUUUCAUUAAGCACUUUUCCAACUUUUGCGAUCGCAUGCUGCCGCCUAUUUUUGAGAAAACCAGUAAGACCGGGAUGACAAAAUGUCUAUCACAGAAGUAUUAUGUUUAGAGCUCACGACGUCUCUUCUCCAAUCCACGUACGCCGGCGGCUGGAAGAACUCCAGAAGCGCAGUUGCUCCAAUCUUUGCGAGUGGAAAAAUGAAAGCGAUGCACGAGACGAUCAACUCGAAAAUUGAAACGUUUUUGUCAAUUCUCGAGGAGAAAUCAGAAGCGAGCGGGCAGAAAGGAGACAUUUAUGAGUGAGUGUGAGAGACCAGUACUUCUGAAAACUGUUGUAAGUUGUUUAUAGAGAUUUCCAAGGUCUCACUCUUGACGUGAUCGGAAAGUGCGCAUUCGCGAUUGACAGCAAUUGUCAGAGGGAUCGGACCGAAGUGUUCUAUGUGCAAGCGCGCAAGUUCAUCACGAACAUUGACUUCCGUUCGAGUCCGAUCAUCAGUACUUCAUGUAACAAUUAGGUCGUCAGAGAGGAACAUGGUUUUUUUUCGAUUUCAGUGAUCCUUCCGGAGCUUAACUGGUUUUGGAAGUCUCUUUAUAAGUACACAGGAAUUGCUGCUGCUGAAAUUCCGCUGAUUGACGGGCUCUCCGAUGUGUUAGUGAGCCAAUCUGACCGUGAAUCUCAUUGUGUCAACUUCAGGUAUGAACGUCGUCGAGCCGGAGAAGGAGCGGAAAGUGUGGACCUGCUCAAACUGCUCCUAGACCGAGAGGACGAUAAAACGACGGCGAAGUCAAUGUCGAAGCAGGAAGUGAUCGAGAACUGUUUCGCAUUCCUGCUGGCCGGAUACGAAACCACGAGCACUGCGAUGACCUACUGCUCCUACUUGCUCUCAAGACAUCCGGAUGUGCAGCAGAAGUUGUUCGAAGAAGUCGAGGACACCAAAGAUUCACAGGGACUUACGUAUGAUUCAAUCCACGAGAUGAAGUACUUGGAUGCAGUCUACAAAGAGACUCUUCGAAUGUACCCACCAGUUAUUCAGUGAGUCAUAGUCUUGCAGCGCUUGUUAAUCACACAGAAAUCAUGAACCUGUUUAGUUUUGUCAAUAGAAUCUGCAUGAACGACAUCACGAUCCGCGGACAAUUCUAUCCGAAAGGAUGCUCUGUGACUGUACUUCCCUACACGGUUCACAUGAACGAGGCCAAUUGGACGAAUGCGUGCGAGUUCAUUCCGGAGAGAUUUCUGGAUUUCAACGAGAGAAACUCUUUGAAAUGGAUUCCGUUUGGCGUCGGACCGAGAUACUGUGUGGGCAUGCGAUUCGCAGAGAUGGAGUUCAAAACGACGAUUGCCAAGUUGGUGGACAAGUUCGAGUUGAGCAUGCCGGGAGAGCCGAGUAUUGUGCCGGAUGUCAAUGGGAUCAUCAUGAGGCCCAAGGAUCCUGUGCGAGUUACGCUUAUCAAGAGGGCAUAAUUGUACAAUUUCUGAAACUUCUGUUUGUGUAAGUUUCAGAAAAACGAGUUCCGAGAAGUAGUAUAUUGUCUUUUAGGCCGAAUUGCUAG